AUGGCGCGAGCAAGCGGUGGAACCGAACUACCGAAUGAGGAGGAUCUGGAUAACGAAGGGCCGGAGCAGUGGCCGAGGACCGGGCCGAAGCACGGAUUGCCAUGGCGCUCACCCAAGUCUUUGACUACAUGGUCAACUACAGGGUUGCGUAUGGCUAUGUUGCAACAGGCGAGUCCCUGCUGCUAUUUCACGUCGACUGAGCCGAUCCACAAACGCUCCUUUGCCAUCCGUGUGUGCCAAGUAAAGAUGUUGGGCGACACAUCGCUCGGAGAUUGGGCCGAAAAGACGAUAUAUACAGCAGUGGCCCAACUGAGCAGCUUUUGCUUGUCUCCAAUCCGAUGCGCUUCAAGGAGCUUUCUUCGAAGCAACUCUGGAGAGCGCGGAGGCGGCCUUGAAGAAGCAGCCCCGACUGCUCUGGCAGUCUCCUUGCAGUCGAAGUCAUUAUGUGGGACCCCGGCGUUGCCUCACCGGGACGACAAGAGCGAGGAAGAUGGAGGGCCAGAAGGUGGCUUGCCUCCGUCGUGGACGAGGCCGGUGGGCAAGCGGAAGGGCGGUCCGUCGUACAGCAGCUCCGAAAAAGAUGUCGAGACGCGCCAUUCAGCGGCUUCCAGGAAAUACUGCUCGCAGGCAUGCCUGUUAGGCCUCAAGAAGGGCGGGGACCUUGAUGACGGCUGCCCCAAUGUGCUCUCACAUCAUAUCGCUAGCGGAGACGGCCUGCGGCACCCUGUCGCUGCCGACCAGUUCACUCGCCUGGUCAGUGAGCAGCUGCGCGAGAACCCGUACAAAGAUUGCUAUGCAUUAGACGGGAGGGGUAAGAAGGGAGCGAUUGGCGUGCUAUUCGAACUAGAACUUACACCAUACGGCUACACAUUCGUCGGCACGGGGACGUUGGCAAAUGGUCCCAAGCGUCUGCAACACGAGUGGCGCGUCUACACGCGCUUGGAUACGCUCCAGGGCUGCGUAGUGCCUGUGCAUCUGGGCCUGGUGCACCUGGAUAAAGGCUACGUCCUACCGGCGGAACGAGGGCGGUUCACAUGA